GCAUAGUAAGUGUUUGUCUCGUCUAUUUAUUUAAAAGUAUGUACAGAAAAAAAUAGUCUUGACACAAAAAGAGAAAGCGUAUACAACGGCAUUAGCGAAAAGUCCCUGUUAUUGUGUUGUCAAAUAUGUCUUCGGAAGAGGAUUUCUCCCUUGUUACUGAUGGUAAAGCAUGCCUGGAAGACAUUAUAAAGGAGAUCAACAAAUACAAGACGCAGCACGAAGCUAUAUUAAAGGAACAAAAAAUCAUCAUAGAUGCCAUAGACAACAGCAAAAACAUUGCUAAGGAAUUUAAACAAUGCACACUGGAGAGGAAAAUGUCUUUUGAGGAAGACAGCAAGAGACAUACUGAGAAACUGAAGAAAGAGAAGGAUAAAAAGAGCACUGUGCAGAAGGAACAAAAUAGGCUGAGGAUGGAGAUCUUAAAAAUGAAGGAGGAGCUGGAAAGCCUGGAGAGAAAAAACAACAGUCUGAAACAGCAAACUGAGAUCUCUACAGCAGUGCCUGAGAAGAAAGUUGUAUUUCAUGGAGAGAAAGCUCAAGGUGCACAUGCUCUGAGCUUUGAUGUGAAUCCACAUAUAGUUUAUCCGAUGGAGGGGGGAACAGCACUGAUUACCUUUGAGGAGGAGGAAGUGGCUCAGAAUAUCUUGAGCCUGAAGGACCAUCAGGUGCAGCUUGGGGAGUGUACCAUCAAUGUGGUGGCUAAACCAAUUCAGUUCCUGGUACCCAGAUAUGUUGAGAUAGACACACAGGUUUGCCCGUGCAGAAUCUUAAUCACUAACCUCCCAAAGAAAGAGUCUGAGGAUCGACUACUAGACAAGCUGGAGAUUUAUUUCUCUAAGAAAAAGAAUGGAGGUGGCGAAGUGGUGGACAUAGAAAUGCUGCACGACUCUGGCACUGUGGUCAUUACCUUCUUGAACAAUGAUAUUGCCAAAGGUCUCACAGACAAACAGGAUCAUGAGGUAGAGAUUGAGAAAAUCAAGCACAAGGUGAAGGUUACGCCUUUCCUCAAUGGCAAGAUUUCGCGGCUCCAGACAUGUGACUCAGUGUGCCAGCGCACAGUGCAGCUUACAGGCAUCCCUGCCAUCAUGGACCCCGAAAGCCUGCAGGACCACCUGGAGAUCCACUUCCAGAAGACGACUAAUGGUGGUGGAGAGGUGGACAGCAUCAUCUACAACCCUCUGGGUGACAGCACGCUGGCUCUGUUUGAGGAAGACCCUCCAAAAGGCAGCCAGAGUGUGUGAGAAAGAAUUGUUCAACAGAUAUUCUACAGCUCAGAGAUCCAGCGCUGCCUUUGGACCACAAACUAGAUAUGUAAUUCAGAAUGGACUUUAUAGUGCUCUUUAUUUGGGCCUGUAUUGCAGAAAAACAAUAAUAUAUAGAUAAUUUCUACUUAUACUGUAUACAUACACAGUAUGGAUUUAAUUAUACAAAAUAACAUACUUCAUGGAUAAAAUUGUUCUUACAUUUUUUAGUUGAAAAAUAUUGUAAUGUCUUUUGAAGAUAAAGUUUAACAUGGGGCUGUGGGGGAAUAAAAUUGGUGAAUAUGGGUUAUUAUCUGAUUAAAUAAAACAUGAGAAACAAAACAUUUCUCAAAGCCAUCAUGUUAAGUGUGAAAUAACACAACCAGUCAUAUAAACACUGCCUUUGUGGGC